CCUGGCCAUUCUGUGAUUCUGUGAUGCUUUGUAAAUGUUGACCUGUAUCACUUUAUUUUGGGGGACCCCAUUGAUUGCUUCUCUUUAUUGAAAUAAGAGUUAACAAUGCAUGAUAGUCAUCUCUCCAAAUAAUGCGGACCCUCAAGAGGACCCUUGCUCAAAUCUAAUUAUGGAUGAUUUUCACUGUAGUGUUUAGUUAGGAACACGUUUGAAUGUCUUUUGGAAAUCUUGAGUGCUCUGUACCAGUUUAAUCAGCAUUGGUCAGAUUAAUGGGCUGCCCAGGGAGGUGGUGGAGUCACUGACCCUGGAGGUGUUCAAGGAACAUUUGGGUGUUGUGUCGAGGGACGUGAUUUAGUGAGAGCUAUUGGUGAUGGGUGGAUGGCUGGACUGAAUGAUCUUGUGGGUCUUUUCCAACCUUGGUGAUUCUGUGGUCAAUGAGUAUGUGAACCCCUCAAUUACCUCUAUAGGAAUACUGUGAUACGUUGUCCUUCCUUUGCAAAAUUUAUGUAAUUCUUUCCCCAUUUAUUGUAUCUUUCCAUAGUAUAUUUAUUCAGCUGUAGUUUCUAUCAGUCUUUUUAGUGAUGGCUACAGGACGGUAAUUGUAAUUACUUGGUUAAUUAUCACUUUCUGUUUAAGUAAUUGAUUACAGAAACUGUAAUAUAAAGUUACGGCCUUUAGAAGUCUAAGCGAAAGUCAUGUGGUCCUGGUGGUUUGUUCUAAAAUCCUCUUUUAUUAGCACUUCGAUAGGAUAUUUCUCAUUCUUAACCCCUAAAAAGAGAGCUUUGAUGUGUUCCUCCCUGAUCUUUUCCUUACUGAACAUCAGUGCAAACAUCUUGCUCUGUUUUCUCUGCUGUGGUUCGUGUUUCUUGAGUGCUGUGUCUUCUGGAAAACUGUACUGUUGUACAAUAGGUAUGUUAUACAAACCUUUGCUCUGACAUAGCUCAAGAUAGGCACAUCUACGCCUAGCAAAGGAUAAAGAAUGGGACAAAUAAAUGCAUGUCUUCUGUCACACAUGUAAUUCCAUGAUUCUUGUUAGUUCAGAGACUUUUGGUAGUAGCCUUUUUACUUUUCGGGGAGUUUAGGUUAGUUGUAUGCUUUUUGUGAUGAGUCUUUAAAUGGCCUUCAGGCUUUCAAAAAGCAUUUUGUUCUUCUGGCUGCUCCAUUUCAUUUCCUUUUAACUUGGUUCCUCGUACUUCUGUUCUUCCUUUAAAAUUCACAAGUUAAAGUAAUGAAUUGUUUUCUCAUUCAUUCCCUUGGGAUUAAAUAUGCUAUUCUGGAGAGCCGUCUGGAUAAUUGCAUCUUGAACCAUGUUGCAUGGCUCAGAAUUACCAAGUGUUGCUUUUCCUUCUGUUGAUGGGUCUUUCUGGUUGUAGGUGGCUGUGAUUUGUUUGUUUGCUUGUUUGUUUUUUUGUCUGUCUUGGUCUGUACAACGUUCUUGAAAUCUUCAGUUUACUGCAUGUCCGGCAUUUGCAGUCUCUUCUUCCUCUUACCUCAUCUGUGCUGUCACUGCGUUAUGACAUUAAUAUGUUAUUUCUCCUCUUUUGGAUAUGAAAUUAAAUGUAGCAUAGUACCUGUUAACUUAAAUAAUUUAGUUAGGAUAAUGCGCUUUCUUAAUAGAAAGCAUUUCUUUUAGGAGACAAAUCAAUGGGUCUUUUUUGUUUCUGUGUUGUCUGUUCCACUGUAUUACACUGUCUCCAGAACUUUAUUAAUCCCUUUAGUUUUCAAGAUGUCUUAAUUUUGUGUUCUCUCAAAACCAGUCCACUUUUCCUUUUUUUAAGUCUUUAUAUGGAAGCAUUUGCACGUGCUGGUCUUAGUUUGAAUUUCUGUUUCAAGUGUUCUGAUGAAACUGUGGUUUUGGUGAGAUUUCAGUGACUCCUUUUUAUCCUUACGACUUUGCUCCAAGGGUGCAUAACCAUGACUGUGCUUUUCCAUAUGUUACCUUCAUCCCAGGUGUUACUAAUGGCAUUUAGUAGAGAAUUUGGCUUGGAAAAUCCAGCUUUUUGUUGAUUAUUUUUAGGUAUGUUCUCUCAUUCCCAAAUUUCUUCAAUUUCUAAUAAAUUUAAAAGUAUUCUAUUUUUCAACUAUAAAGACUUGGCUUAUGAAGCAUUGCCUAGCUGGCUGCCUUAAAGCUGUUGUAUUUGUCAUUUUUCCAGAGACAUGUGGAUUUCGCCCUUUAUUUCUUCGGCAAUUAAAACCCGAAUGUAGAUAUGAGGUGGUGAUUUAUUUUAGCUUGAAGACUUUUACACAUCAGUGGUACAACCUAAUUUAAAAGGAGAACAUAACUUGGUUCAGGAAGGGCUGAUGUGUAUUGGUAGUGCCUGUGUUUCCAUCUGGCCGUAAUCUUAGUGCCGGUGUGGUACCACGAAACCUUGAGCUCAUUUAGCAACAGUAUUGACAAUAAAUUCUCUGCAGAAUUGAUUUUGCCAGUCUGUGGCUUUUUGGGCUUUGGAUUUUUUUUUUUUAAUCCAGAGUUUUAACAAUUCAUCCAGGCUAAUGAAUUUUAGAGGGUUCUGGUAAUCAUGUUUCUAUGGUAGCAGUAAAAUAUGCUUAAUAAGCUAUGAGGAUAGAGUUUUUCUUAGUUUCCUAUUGUAAACCUAUACUUGUAAGUUAUUUCUUUUGUUGUUGUUAGUUUUCAUUUAGAAAUAUUGAGUACAAAAUUGUCUGUAGUUUUUGGGUCUCUUUUCAGUAUUAGCAUUUUUAGAAAACUUCCUGUGUCAUUUUGCAAAUUGCUUUUGUUUUUGAAAAGAAACAAAAUUAAAAAUUGUAUUUUGUUGCUGAGUUUUGCAGAGUUAGAAGCUGAUAUCUGUGUGGAAAUAUCAGCAGAUAUUACUGGGUACCAGCAGUUAAGCACAUGAGUUUUUCUUGUUAUGGCAUACCUAACACAGGUCACUAAAACCUCCUAGGAGCCUAUAUGGAGAAAAUAAAUAUGCAUAGGUAAAAGAUAUCUUCCCGUUUAUUAUAAUACGUGCACAUAAUUUGUAGCAAAAGUAAUAACUCCAUCUAUAUUUUUAGUGAGAAUCUUUAAAAACAGAAAUAGCAAAGGUUUGAUUCAGGUCUGUGGUGUAGUCUUGGCAUAUUCUCAUUUCCUCUUUGCUCCCAUCUGUUCAGGUAUAUUUAAAACUUCAUUAAAAGCUUUAUGUGCUUGUGAUGCUUUUCUCCUUGUUGAGAAAGAAAAUAUAUGGAAUAAAACUGGGAAACUUCUGAGAAUCAAUGAACUGAAUACAUUCUUAUCAGUAAAAGCUGAGAUGUAGGGAAAUCUAACUUUGAAUUAAUCAGCCCUUGAGAGGAAAAAUGAUAGGUAAAAGAGAAUAUUGGAUUAAAUUAAUCUUCAGUGUGACUGACUGAUUUCCAGGAAGGUACAAGCCAGCUGUUUUGAUGAUAAUGGUUCUUUUGAAAGAAAAUUCUUCAUUCCAAUUGAAUGUUACCUUCAUUACAUUUCAGAUGGUCUUACAUAAUGGCAUUUGGCUGUAAGGCUAACAAUGUAUGAAGGUAUUAAAAGGUGGUUGCUUCUCUUCUGGGAUUAAUCUGGUUCACAGCCUUGCUGUUUGUGUUCCGCCUCCCGCUCCCCCCCUCCCCUGCCAGCUCCAGUUAAUGGACAUGAAGGCUUGAAUAAUAUUCUAAACGCUUAGAAGAAUAUUUGCGCUUUAUUUCUUUGGGCCUCUUUACUGCAUGAGGAUUUUAAGGCCUAUCUUCAAAGAGUAGAUAACUACACACGUUGAUACCCUAUUGUAAAAAUGCUGCCAAGCCUGGUAAACCUAAUGACUGUUGCAAAACCUGAGGAAUGAAUACAGACUUGAGCUUUGAGCAUUUUCAGUCUCUUGUGUUGUGUGUUAAUAUAAGCUAUGGAUGUCUGAACCUGUGCUAAGUACUACUGCAGUGCAUAUAUACAAUCUGAAAAUGAUUAGCAAUGUAAGGUAAGCCUGAUGUGUGAUGUGUGUUCUGUAAUUUUUCUUUAGUCAUGUUGUGAAUUUAACCUUGCAUGUUCUGCCACAGGCAUUGUGGAGGUUGACGCCAUAUAAAGCAAGGAAACUUAACUGAUAAGAUUUCUUUUGUCAAUAGUUCAGUUUGCUUAAAUCAUUUAUUUUCUUUACGUUCUAUUAUAAACAGACUUCUUUAAUUCUAGUAUUUGAUUUCAUAAUUGCAAUUACCUGUGUCUUAACGCUGUACUUCUUCCAUCUACCUAUAAAGCCACAAACAAAGAAUCCUGGAAAUGGAAUGUAACAGUAGAAAAUUGAGAAUAAACAGCACUGUUGCUGCUUUUCUUGUGGCAACAAUGGUAUAGACCAACAUUUUUCCGAUUAGUGUAGGACAACUGUGCUGAAAAUCAGGUUUAAACUUAUAGUUUAAGUUCCGAAAAGUCAUUUUCAUGAGCUGAGUUGGUGCAAGAGGUUCUAGCUGUUUUCAGGUAUGCUCCCUUUCAGGUAUUUAGUGUUUGUUUUAACCCUGUUUCAGAACAGCUUUUGCAGAAGGUAGCAAGUUGCUUCAAGAAAAGCAGGCUCCCCACAGGAAGGAAAAUAAAAGGUCUUGGAGCAACUUACUAAGGUAAACAGAUUGCAGUGGAUUUCUGGAUGGGUCUGGAAUGGACACAAGUUCUCUGGGAGGAUUAGAACUGUCUGGACGUACUCCUGACCUACUAGCAAAUACCACCAUGGCAGCCGGUCUUGCAAAUGUAGGAAAUACAUUUGCUGGUCCACCAAGUUCUUUAGUUUCUAGACCAAGUAAAUUCCAGAACUCUACUGUAGAAGACGACGAUGAUGUAGUUUUUAUUGAACCUGUUCAAACGCCACAAAAUUCUACAUCACUGAUAGCAGAACAAAGGAAUACUGCAUUUGCAUUGUCAAAAAAUGAUGAACUUCAAGGAGAUGAUUGCAAAAUGCUUCCUCCUCCGAAAGACUUGAAUUCUCAAAAGGGGAGUAUAAGUGAAACUAUUAUCAUUGAUGAUGAAGAAGAUAUUGAAACAAAUCAAGGACAAGAGAAGAAUGCUUCCAGUUUUAAUGAGCGAAGACUUCCAGAGUGUAAAAACAGAGCCAACGAUAUGGAUUUCUCUGCUUCCAGUUUUUCAAGAAGUAAGGUAAAUUCAGGAAUUGCUAAUAGUGGUAUAUCCACAGAACCAGACUCUGACAUUCAGAUUGCUAAUGUAACUACAUUAGAAACAGGUGCUAUGAGCUCUGUGAGUGAUGGUCAUGUAGAAAAUGCUGAAGGGCGUGACAUGAACUUAAUGAUCACGCAUGUAACAUCAUUGCAGAAUGCCAACUUGGGAGAUGUAUCUAACGGACUGCAGUCAAGUAAUUUUGGUGUUAAUAUGCAAACAUACACCCCAUCUUUAACUUCACAGACCAAGACUGGUGUAGGACCUUUCAAUCCUGGUAGAAUGAAUGUGGCUGGAGAUGUAUUUCAAAAUGGAGAAUCUGUGACUCAUCAUAAUCCUGAUUCUUGGAUAUCCCAGUCAGCUUCAUUCCCUAGGAAUCAAAAGCAACCAGGUGUGGAUUCUUUGUCACCAGUAGCAUCACUACCCAAACAGAUCUUCCAGCCUUCUACUCAGCAGCCACCGCCUUCUAAACAGGUUAAAGUUACAUGUGCAAACUGCAAAAAGCCUUUGCAAAAGGGACAGACUGCUUAUCAACGGAAAGGAUCAGCUCAUCUUUUUUGUUCUACUACCUGCCUCUCAUCAUUCUCACACAAACCCACUCCAAAGAAACUUUGUGUCAUGUGCAGAAAGUAAGGGAUUUUUUUUUAUUUAGCAGCUAAAUCCAGUAAUACUUGAGAUUCUCGUGUAUUCAUGAUAAUUGUAUUGUUAAUGAUAUAAAAUUUGACUACACAAGUACUUUAUAUACUGUCAGUUUAAUGUCAUUUGGAAAUGUUGAAUUCACUGUUUACACAAGAACAAAAUAAGUUUGAAUUCAGAGUAUGGCAGGUUAUUUCCCUGGAAGACAAACACAAACUGGGGAUUUCGAGGGUGUUGAAAAGGGGGCAGGGAGGUGAAAAUUGUCUGAUUUAUAUCCUGUGGCAGAAUAUAUUCUUUAGAUAAAAAAAUUCUCAUGAAAAGAGUAGACCUUUUGCGCAGAAACCAUUCAUUUUGAAAGUAGAAGAUACAAAGUCAAGAGGUCUAAAAAAAGUAGAAACUGAAAACUGAAGUCUUUCAGUGUUGACCGUGUAUGUAGAGGAAGAGAAGCUUUGGGCUUGUCCCGUAAAGUAUGUGCAACAAUGACGACUUUUCAAGUUAUAACUGAAGUGGAUAGUAGAAAGGGUGACAAGCAUACUUCAAAGUGGCUUAUUCUGAAUUACUGGAUAGGUUUGACUUGUAAUUUUUCAACUGUUUUCAUAGCUCAAAAUUGCCGAAGGAGAAUUCCAAGAUAGCAGUAUCUGAAGGGGCCUACAGGAAAGCUGGGGAGGGACUUUUUAUAAGGACAGGUAGUGAUGGGAUGAAGCCUAAAGGCUUUAAACUGGAAGAGGGUAGAUUUGGCCUACAUGUUAGGAAGAAAUUCUUUACUGUAAGUACAGUGAGACACUGGAAC